AUGCACGUGCCACAGUCGAUCGAUAGUAAUCUGCCCUGCAGUAAAAAAAUAAAGAAAAUCGCCCGCCCGCACGACCUCCUCCUUCUCCCGCACGACCUCCUUAUCCUCCCGCAGCCGCGCCCUUCACCGCCUCCUCGCGCCGCCGGAGCCACGGGAAGCGGCCGCGGGUCGCCGGGAGCCUCCCCAGCCGCGGGAGCCCGCCCCCGCCGACCCCGCCCCCGCCGCCGGAGCCGCCCCGCCGCGCCCUUCGCCGCCCCUCAUCCUCGGCGGCGAGAGGCACGCAGGAGCCGCCGCCAGGGACGUGGACGUGUGCGGGCCAACCACCGGCGUACGAGGCCGCGCCUGAGCCUGCGGCGCGGCGGCGCGGAGCCCUCCGCCGCCAGUUCCCUGCCGGUUCGAGAUCGCCACCGGUCCCCUCCGUGCCGUCAUCGUCCUUCCUGCUACCAGCUCCGUCCUCCGCCCUAUCUCCGCGGCAAUGUUCUGCUCCAUCCAUCGGCGCAAACAACCUAUAGAGUCAAGGAGUAGAAUACCAAAAUACGAGCUGCAAAAGUGACUCAAAUUC